AAAUUUACCUUUGUCGGUUAGUCUGAGAGUAUUUUUCUUAUUCAUAUUAUGGAAAAGCUUGAAUCAACCUACUUAAAAAAUUCAGUGAUUGAAUAGAACAGAUCAUCGUGUUCCUUUCAAUCCAAUUUCCUUUUUAUUCAUUGGGUCAAUCGUGGACUACUGCGCCUGCUAAUCUGUAUUUAUUCCGGUUUUAUCUAAUAGUGAGUCAGUGGGUGUCAUGGCUGAGCUCGUAGCAGGGAGAUUGGAUUGGAUUGGAUUGGAUUAGAGUUGCCCUCUCCGAUUCCUUUCGUUUGCCCUGGGGAUCCUUGAUGAACAUCCAUACAAAAAUGUCAUCCUAUCAUCAUGUCCGAUUUCUUUCGUUUUCCAUCUAAUUGGGAAGAGGUGUCUCCAUCGCUUGAGCUCAGCCAUGACACAAGCGGUGCGUGGCUGUUUACAGGACGGCCGCAAGGAGCGUCCACCGAGUUUUAUACAUAUCUAUCAACAGCCUCUCACUCUUCGAUAAAAGAAAAAUCUAGGGCAGAAGAAGAGCAACAAGAGAUAGUAUCAGUAAUAAUGGCAGUGCCAAGAAUCAAGUUGGGAAGCCAGGGUUUUGAAGUAUCAGUACAGGGAUUGGGCUGCAUGGGUAUGUCUGCAGCCUAUGGCCCUCCCAAGCCUGAAGAUGAAAUGAUUUCCCUCAUACACCAUGCAGUUUCCACAGGCAUUACUUUCCUAGAUACCUCUGAUGUUUAUGGUCCUCAUACUAACGAACUUCUCCUUGGAAAGGCACUAAAAGGAAUAAGAGACAAAGUGCAGUUGGCCACCAAAUUUGGAGCAAGCAUUACAGGUGGGAAAGUGAACAUUCGUGGAGAUCCUGCUUACGUUCGUGCUUGCUGUGAAGGGAGUCUGAAGAGGCUUGAUGUGGAUUGCAUUGAUCUUUAUUACCAACAUCGAAUCGAUACCAGAGUCCCCAUAGAAGUUACUGUUGGAGAAAUGAAGAAACUGGUUGAAGAAAGGAAAAUAAAGUACAUUGGACUUUCUUAGGCUUCUGCAUCAACAAUUCGAAGGGCGCAUGCUGUUCAUCCUAUUACAGCAGUUCAAUUAGAAUGGUCCUUGUGGAGUAGGGAUGUAGAGGAAGAUAUUGUUCCAACUUGCAGGGAGCUUGGUAUUGGAAUAGUGCCAUAUAGCCCUUUAGGCCGAGGUUUCUUCUCUUCUGGAGCAAAGUUGAUUGAAAGCAUAGCAGAUGCAGAUAAUAGAAAGUAUAUGCCCAGGUUUACAACAGAGAAUCUUGAAAAAAAUAAGAUUAUAUUUGAGAAACUUUCAGCAAUUGCUUCAAGUAAAGGGUGCACCCCAGGACAACUUGCACUUGCUUGGGUUCAACAUCAAGGAAAUGAUGUUGCACCAAUCCCAGAGACAACUAAAAUCAAGAACUUUGAAGAGAACAUUGGCGCUAUUUCUGUGAAGCUCACACCAGAAGAGAUGAAAGAGAUAGAAGCCAUAGUGACCACUAGUGGUGUCCAUGGGGAUCGAUAUUUUGACAUGAAUUUUACAUGGAUGAAUUCGGAAACACCUCCUCUCUCUUCAUGGAAAGGCAUAUAAAUAAUUUUGGUAGUGUUAUCACUUUAUGCCUAAUUAUAUGCAAGCUAAAUAAGUGUUCCAUUUUUUUAAACUAGAAUAAAAUAUACCAACAAUGUAACUAAGAAAGUUUGAUCUUGAGACUGCAGCGUGUUUGCUCGAUGGACAUAGCUUUUUAUAAUAUACACUGGUCUAUAAUAUUUAAAGUGUUGUGUA